AAGGCUAUACAAUCGAUCGACAAUCCAAAAUCCAAUGUCCAUUCUAAUAUUCAGACUUUCAGAGUUUAAUUAAGUAGUUCGGCGGUUUUUGUGGUAGCUGUUGUCCAUUAGAAUCACGUUGUUGUAUCUCAGUCACGUUUACUAGUAAUUUGCUACUAAUUUUGUAGAUCAUUUCUUUUGUUAAUCAAUACUCUUCAAAAGCUGGAAUGUCGAGGUUGCUGUUAGCAUUAAUUAAACGUUCGAAUUUCGUGACGUCCCAAACCAAAGGAUGUCGUCUUCCAUCGGCAACGUUCAAUCGUUCGCUGAGCAUCCUUGAAACUGCGGAAGCGAAGUCUCUACCAAGCAAAGUUCGCAGUUUUGUGGAGGAUUGCGUCAAACUCUGCCAACCCAGUCAAGUUCACAUUUGCAAUGGAUCAGAGCAAGAAAAUAGAUCGCUGAUCCAACAAAUGCAGCAACAGGGCAUGAUUGAAUCAUUGCCAAAGAUGGAAAACUGUUGGUUGACUCGCACCGAUCCCGCCGAUGUAGCUAGAGUUGAGAGCAGAACAUUUGUUGUAACUACUAAACGUAGCGAUGCCAUCCCGAACCGUAUGGACGGCGUUGCCGGACAACUUGGAAAUUGGAUGUCUCCUGAUGAUCUUCCCAAAGCCAUUCAAGAGCGUUUCCCCAACUGCAUGAAAGGUCGCACAAUGUACGUCGUUCCGUUCAGUAUGGGUCCGGUCGGGUCACCGUUAUCGAAGAUUGGAAUUGAAUUAACAGACUCUCCUUAUGUGGUUGCUUCCAUGCGCGUUAUGACUAGAAUGGGCCAGCAAGUGCUUGAAACAUUGGGAGAAGGAGAUUUUGUCCGCUGUCUACACUCUGUUGGUAGCCCACUGCCAAUGACUAGACCUCUGAUAAACAGCUGGCCGUGCAAUCCGGAUCAAACCAUCAUUAUUCAGUGCCCCGAAACCAGUGAAAUUUUAUCAUUCGGCAGUGGCUACGGUGGCAAUUCUCUUUUAGGAAAAAAAUGUUUCGCUCUUAGAAUUGGUUCAGUAAUAGCCAAAAGAGAAGGAUGGCUUGCCGAACACAUGCUUAUUUUAGGAAUAACAAAUCCACAAGGCCAAAAGAAGUACAUCGCAGCUGCGUUUCCUAGUGCCUGUGGCAAAACUAAUCUCGCAAUGUUAACCCCAACUUUACCAGGCUAUAAAGUUGAAUGUGUUGGUGAUGACAUUGCAUGGAUGCAUUUCGACAAAGAAGGACGUUUGCGAGCCAUCAAUCCGGAAAAUGGAUUUUUUGGUGUUGCGCCUGGAACCAACUAUGCGACCAAUCCUAAUGCUAUGCUCACCAUUCAAAAAAAUACGAUUUUUACGAACGUUGCAAAGACGAGUGAUGGAGGAGUUUUCUGGGAAGGCUUGGAGAAAGAAGUUACUGGUGUUGAUAUAACAAGUUGGUUGGGUGACGCUAACUGGACCAAGAGCUCGGGAAAACCGGCAGCCCAUCCGAAUUCCAGAUUUUGCGCACCAGCCAGUCAGUGCCCAAUCAUUGACCCUCUGUGGGAAAGCCCCGAAGGAGUACCAAUAGAUGCAAUUUUGUUCGGAGGUCGCCGCCCGAGAGGUGUACCGUUGGUUUACGAAGCUCUAAAUUGGAAACACGGAGUUUUCGUUGGCGCCUCUGUCAGUUCGGAAGCCACCGCUGCAGCUGAACACAAAGGACGAUCAAUUAUGCAUGAUCCUUUCGCUAUGCGUCCAUUUUUCGGGUAUAACGCUGGUAAUUACUUGGGUCAUUGGCUGAGUAUGGAAAAGCCUGGUCGAAAACUUCCCAAAAUCUUCCACGUUAAUUGGUUCCGACGAAGCACCGAUGGUUCUUUCUUGUGGCCUGGAUUCGGUGAAAAUUCCAGAGUGCUUGAUUGGGUUCUGAAGCGGUGUGAUGGAGCCGAUGUCGCUGAAUCCAGCCCAAUUGGGUUAAUUCCCAAACAAGGUUCAAUUGAUACGAAUGGAUUAAAGGAACAAGUCAAUUGGGAAGAGUUGUUCUCCUUGCCAAAGAACUUUUGGCAAGACGAAGUGCUCGACUUAGAGAAAUAUUUUAGCGAACAAUUUGGCAAUGACUUGCCGAACGCUAUUGCUGAAGAGUUGCACAAGUUGAAACAGAGAGUAAAUCAAAUGUAGGAGUUCUUUAUUCUCUUACUUCUUUUAAUUACGAACAUUCCACUUUCAUAAUAUGGUACUUGAAGCCAGAGAUAAACACAAAUAUUUUACAUUUCGAUUUGAUCUAAAUCCCCCCCCCCCCCCCCCACAAAAACUCCAACGUCAUGACGGCACACAUAUAUUCCUCGGAAAAUUUGCAGCUUGAAAAAUUUCUUUUUAUACUAGACUCUUAGUUAGUCUAUAUCUGUUUCUGAAUGUUAUCGCGUGGGACCUUAUUUUUCCAUGUAUAAUUCGUACACCUUCAUUUUGUACGCGAUCCAAUAAUUGAAGUUGUGUUCAACGAAUUAUUUGUCAGUACUACCCGCCAGAUUGGUAAACGCUCCAUUUGUCUCGAAUUUUUCUCCUCUUCAAAAUGUUGCAUCGUUUUCCAUGGAAUCCUGACAAAAUAUACUUCUUUAUAUUGAUAAA